GGCGCAGGCAGCGUGACGUUAGCGCCGGCCCAGGCGGAGGGACGGCGUGCGAGGCUCGGGGUUGAAGGGACGCGGCAGGAGAGGAGCCUCCACACCCCGUGCGAUGCGAGGGGGCAGCAUGCGGCCAGCGGGGCGGGCUGUGCGCGCCGCGGAGCGACUGGCUGCCGCAGCCCCCAGCGCCACGCAGGGGGAGCCUGGAGCUGGGUGACCGGCCCUGCUUGCACUGGAGACGCGGCCCUGCUUCGCUUUCCCCACAGGGCCGCUGCUCCGCGUGGCCAACUUUCCCCGGCUGGCGCGGAAGCUUCCCGCCGCUGCUCAGCCCGGGGAGCGAGGGGCUCCGGUGGGAGGAUCGCUGGGAAGCCUGGCCCGCUGCUGACAGGUUGGCGACUUCUCCUUCUGUUCCAGCCCCGGCGCUGCGGGGCUGCCAGGAAUCCCCCAGCAGGGCGCUGGGGUUGGAGGGGCAGGACGGGAAACCAGCUGCUGCCAGGGCUCUGCACAACGAGGCUCAGCUCGCCGCUGGCAGCCGGAGACGCACGUGUCCACGGGGGCCGUCCCGAAAGCCCCGAAGGUGCCCUUUAAACGAGCGGUUGUUGCAACUUCUCUGGCUGCUGAAUGCGGCUUCUGCCAGGCUCGCUCGCUCUCCGGAGAAACCCAUCUCCGCCGGCCGGCUGGCUGCUUGAGCAAUGCUCGCUUAAAGUUCAGAAAGUUGGCGGUCAGAGCUGUGUGUCGCAAGACGUGCGGGGAAAGUAGCGGGGGAAAGCGUCGAGCACCUGGGCUGAGACAUGCCUUUUGAUUGUAUGACUGCUGAAAUGUAUUGAGUGCUCCAGCUACUUUUCCAACAAUGAACAGGUCAAAAUCAUCAGUGCUGGAUGGAUUAGGAAACACGACCUGCAACGCACACAAAAAGAUUUCCGUAUUAUUUUCAAUAAUAUUCAUGACGGUGGGAAUUUUAUCCAACAGUCUUGCAAUAGCAAUUCUCAUGAAGGCAUAUCAGAGAUUUAGACAGAAAUCAAAAGCAUCUUUUUUGCUUUUUGCUAGUGGUUUGGUUAUCACCGAUCUUUUUGGCCAUCUCAUCAAUGGAACUAUUGCUGUGUUUGUGUAUGCCUCUGACAAAGACUGGAUUCGAUUUAAUCAAUCAAACAUUCUCUGCAGUGUUUUUGGCAUAUGUAUGGUAUUCUUUGGGCUGUGCCCUCUCUUUCUGGGCAGUGUGAUGGCUGUUGAACGUUGCAUUGGAGUUACUAAACCAAUAUUUCAUUCUACAAAAAUGACUUCUAAACAUGUAAAAAUGAUUUUGACUACGGUAUGUCUCUUUGCUGUUUUUAUAGCUUUGCUGCCUAUUCUUAGCUUUAGAGCAUAUCAAAUUCAAGCAUCGAGGACCUGGUGCUUCUAUAAAACAGAACAUAUUGAGGACUGGGAAGACCGAUUUUAUCUAUUACUUUUUUCUUGUCUUGGGUUACUGGCCCUUGCUGUUUCGUUCUUGUGCAAUGCUGUCACAGGAAUUACUCUCUUAAGAGUCAAAUUUAAAAGUCAACAAAGACAAGGCCGAUCUCAUCAUUUUGAAAUGAUCAUUCAGCUAUUGGCUAUAAUGUGUGUCUCUUGCAUUUGCUGGAGUCCAUUUCUGGUGACAAUGGCCAAUAUCGGAAUAAAUGAAGAUCGUUCAAUGGAAACCUGUGAAACAAUACUUGUCGUUCUCCGAAUGGCAACGUGGAAUCAAAUAUUAGAUCCCUGGGUAUACAUUCUUCUAAGGAAAGCUGUGCUGAAAACCCUCUUCAAGAUUGCUAGGAGAUGCUGUGGAAUGCACAUCAUGAACUUGCAUAUGUGGGAACUCAGCUCCAUCAAGAAUUCUUUAAAGGUUGCAGCAAUUUCAGAGUCACCAGUUAGUUCCAAACAAAUAAAUCAACAGCCACUCAGCUCAACAGGGCAAUAAAAUCAAACACGGGGGUAUGAAGAAAUAAUGGGGGUGUAAUGAUCACGCACUGAGAACACCUUCAAAUUUGUUAGUCUUUGUUGUAAUAUGAGGGUAAGUGGUUUGGUACUUGUUUCAGAUUGUGAGUGGUUUGGUCUUAUUGUUUACCAGUUUGAUAUUGCUAUUCCAAGAUGUGCACUUGAGUAACUGUGAUCACUCUAAAAACACUUUUGGGUGAAAGUGUCUUUCAGAAAUGGGGUGUAAUCAGACAAGACAGAUUUCAGAGCGGAGUUAGUUCCACAUCGCCGUGCCUGCAGCAGCAAAAACACAAUCAUCCCCUGACUACAGAGCACAAUGGCAGAAACUGUUAAGCUGGGUGUUGUGAGGACAGAUGGUCACGAGCACUAUGCUCAAGGAGCACGUGAGGAGAGAGUGGAGGGAAGAACUUGUUGGUUAGUAAUAGAGAAAGUAAUCUUUAGGGUUAUAGUGGCACCUCAGUAGUUAAGUGUCUUCAUAGCUUUUUAAGGUCAGAAGCGAUAACUUUGAUCAUCUCGUCUGACCUCGUCCAUAACAUAGGACUCCUCUAAAUUAAUUUCUUCUUCAAAUCCAAUAGCUAUGGUUGAACGAGAACAUAUCUUUUUAAAUCAAGAUUGGAUUUUUUUUUUAAAAUGUGCCGUAAUAGAGAAUCCACCGCAACUCUUGGUAAGUUAUUCUGAUGGCUAAUUACCAUUCAGAUGUAAUUUCUAGUCUAAAUUUGUUCUAGUUUUAACUUUCAGACAUUGGAUCUUAUACUUUUGUCUGACAGAUUGAAGAGCCCUCUGUAUCAAAUUUUUGCUCCUCAUGUAGGUACUUAUAGACUGUGAUCAAGUCACCCCAUCCCUUCUCCUUGAGUCAUUUACUAUAAGGCAUGUUUUCCAAUCCUUUAAUCAUCCUUGUGGCUUUUCUUUGAACCCUCUCCAAUAUUUCAACAGCGGUCUUAAAAUGUGUACACCAAACUGGAUACAGUAUUCCAGUAGCAGUUGCACCAGUGCCAAAUACAGAGGUAAUAUAACCUCUGGACUUGGUGUUCCUUUGCUUAUACUUUUGAGGAUCUCAUUAGCACUUGUGGCCACAGUGUUGCCCUGGGAGUUUGUGUUCAGCUGAUUAUCUGCUAUGAUCCCUCAGUCCUUUUCCGAUUCACUGCUUCCCCAGAUAGUCCCCCAUCCUGUAAGUAUGCCCUAUGGCCUUUGUUCUGAGAUGUACUGUAUGACUUUACACUUUGCCGUGUUAAAAUGCCUGUUUGCUUUUACUGGUUUAUCAAGUGAUUCAGAUUACUCUGUAUCCGUGACCUGUCCUCUUCGUUAUUUACCAUGCUCCCAAUCUUUUUGUCGUCUGCAAAUUUGAUCAGUAAUGAUUUUGUUUUCUUCCAGGUCACUGAUAAAAAUGUUUAACUAGCAUAGGGUCAAGAAUGGAUCCCGGAAAGACCCCGCUAGAAACACACUCCCUCAAUGAUUGUUUCCUGUUUACAAUUACAUUUUCAGAUGUGUCAGGCAGUUUUAAACUCAUGUAGCAUGUAGGUUUAUAACUAGUCUGUUUAUACUACAUUCAAACUCGGCGUGUAGUUUCUCAGGACAGAUGAAAAUUAUGGGCCCAAUCCUGUAACACUUACUUGUAUGAGUACUCCCAUUGAGGUCCGUAGCAAACAAAUUUAGACCUAAACCCAUGUGAGCCUACAUAAAGAAUAAAGUUGAUCAAAAAACUGUAACACAUUUCUUGAAAGGUGUCACAGAUGCAUCUGCAAAAAUACAUAUACAGCACACCUGUUUUAUCUGCAGAGGCCCAUGUUGGUGCAUGCAAACAAGAAUUUGCAUGAACAAAAUGGGCACCUAUGUGAGCAAAUGUAGGGUGUGGUUUGUGGGAGCAAGGAGUACUCUCAAUUUUUGCAGGUAUAUCUGUGCUUUCCUUUGCAAACUUAGAAUCCAAGGCUGAAGUGCUGAAUGCCUACAGUGGAAGUUGAGUACCUCGGUACCUAUGUGGAGGCUCCCAGCACCUUGCAAAAGGGCCCUUCACAAUAAAUUUUACCAUCCCAUUUUUAUAUAUAGCCUGUAUGCUUAUUGUUGUUCACUCCUUUGAUAUCGAAGUACAGUAUAACUUUCAGUUCCAACUGUCUGAAUGUCAUUUGUUCAAUAUUAUGAAAAUAAAAAGUACAGUAAUCUACAUUCCUAUGUCAUUUAAGUAAUGCUACUAGUUGCAAAUUAUUACGUGCCGACUAUCAGUUGAGUAUUUUGGAAGUCAUUGUACUAACACUAGUUACAGACAUUCAUUUUAUAUACUCUUAGGGGUAUUGUGCUCCCCCCAUUGAAGUCAGUGGCAAAACUUCCCUUGACUUCAGUGAGAAUAGGAUCAGGCCUGUGGGAUUGUGCAGUCAACCUGUGACAUUAUUAUGUAAUAGGCAGGCUUUCUUGAAGAGCAAGAGAUUGAUACGAAUGAUAGCAUUGUUAUGCAGUAUCUACUGAAUAUGAUCCAAAGGAGGAGAAUAUACAAGUGCAGUCCCCAGUGUUAUCCUAAGUUGGAUGAAACACAUUGUAGGAAGUGGUUGAGUGUAGUGCAAAAAUAAUGAACUCUGCCAGGUGAUUGAAAGGUGUAUCCUUUCUCACAUUUUUCAGCAAAAGACAUGUGACUGGCUUGGACACAGAGAGGAUUACUAACCAAUGCACAUAAUCCAUCAAAGACAAAAAAGCACUUACUUAUUAGUCUUAUCAUUGUAACAUAACUGAUCAUGCUUACUCUUCUCCUGUUUUUAGAAGGAAAUGAAUAAGGGAGAAGAAGCUCUGAUUUUGUGACUGUACUGUGUUAAUACCAAAAUGGUGGUAGGGUAGAGUUUAUAACAGGAAAGAGUUGCUUCUGGAUGGAAAACUAUAGUGUUCACUUUACCUACUUCACUUCAUACAACUGUUCCACUUCCAAAUUGUUGGUCCAGAAUCAGUGCUGACACAUUCCCCAUGUGGUUGCAUUGAAAUGAACGUAAGUAUGAUUUAGUGCUGAAUGUGGCUUCCUUACCAUACACAACCUGUUGUAAAUGUGUCUAAUAACAUAAAUAAGUUGUUCAUCCUUUUGGGGUGAGAAUUUUGCUUCAUUGGCUGCAGAAUAAUGUUAGACUGAGAUACUUGACAAGUGAAUGAAGGAUAUCUGCGUUCCAUUGUGUUGUGAAUAAAUAUAUCUUGUGUACUUUCAUACUGGCUGAAUUGUAAAAAGGUUUAACUUUAUAUGUAUAUGUGUUUUCAUAUAUUCUGUGUAUUGAUAUCUAUUGAAUGUAAAUUGUAGA